UGUUUACAAAAUGUCACUGACCGGGUCGUCAUUAGUCGUUAUCUUGUUUGUGGUGGCAGCUUCCUGCAUGGACAAUUUACAAGUUGCUUAUCAAUGGAAACAGCUGGAUUUUGAUUAUUCGAACGAAAGUGAUAGACAAGCUGCGAUCGAUUCGAAAGAAUUCAUACCAGAAAAUAAUAUACCUGUCGGUUUGGAAGUGUUCGGUGAUAGGUUAUUCAUCACGGUGCCGAGAUGGAAGCCUGGAGUUCCGGCAUCUCUCAACUACGUCAAACUAUCAGUAUAAGUGAUAAGAGCAUUGUCCAUGCAACCACAAGCUUCCAAGUUCAAUUGGCCUUCUGGAUAACCCGAUAUCAAGCUGCUUUUCUUUGAAAAUAUAGAUCACAUUGCUGC